AAACCAACCAGUGUUAAAGUCUUUUAACCCAACCAUGGUUUCAAUCUCAUUUCUUUCCUCUUUUUAACUCCUGUCUUCUCACUUUCCUCUUUCUCCGACACACACUUCAACUCAAACUCAAUGGCUUCUCCAUCAUCACGUGCCUCCCUCUCUCUCCUCACUCUCCUCACCCUUCUCUCCACCGUCUCCGCCCACAACAUCACCCAAAUCCUCUCCGAAUCACCGGACUACUCCUCCUUCAACACCUACCUCUCCCAAACCAAACUCGCCGACGAAAUCAACAGCCGCACCACCAUCACCCUCCUCGUCCUCAACAACAACGCCAUGUCCUCCCUCGCCGGAAAACACCCCCUCUCCGUCGUCAAAAACGCCCUAUCCCUCCUCCUCCUCCUCGACUACUACGACCCCAUAAAACUCCACAAAAUCUCCCAAGGCACCACUCUCGUCACCACUCUCUACCAAACCACCGGCAACGCCCCCGGAAACCUCGGCUUCGUCAACGUCACCGAUCUCAAAGGCGGCAAAGUCGGCUUCGGCUCCGCCUCUCCCGGCUCCAAACUCGCUUCCACCUACACAAAGUCAGUUAAACAGAUACCUUACAACAUCUCCGUCCUCGAAAUCGACGCUCCGAUCAUCGCUCCCGGAAUCUUAACCGCUCCGGCCCCUUCCUCCGACGGACUCAACAACCUCACGGGACUUCUCGAGAGAGCGGGGUGCAAAACGUUCGCGGGCUUACUCGUAACAAGCGGGGUGGUGAAAACCUACGUGUCAACCGUUGAAAAAGGGUUGACUGUUUUCGCACCGUCCGAUGAAGCUUUUAGAGCGAAGGGUGUACCGGAUCUGACGAGGCUCACGCAAGCUGAGGUGGUCUCGCUCCUAGAGUAUCACGCCUUGGCUGAGUACAAACCCAAAGGGUCAUUGAAGACUAAUAAAGAAGCCAUCUCCACGUUGGCAACUAACGGCGCGGGAAAAUACGAUUUAACGACGUCAACUUCUGGUGACGAGGUUAUUCUCCACACCGGAGUUGGUCCGUCGAGGGUUGCCGAUACGGUGGUUGAUGAGACGCCGGUGGUGAUAUUCACGGUGGAUAAAGUUCUCCUCCCGACGGAGCUUUUCGGGAAAUCGCCGUCGCCGGCGCCGGCGCCGGAACCGGUGAGUGCACCGACGCCGGCUCCGGCUAAGUCACCGUCUCCGGCGGAAGCGCCGUCGCCGGUUGCUGCGUCUCCGCCGGCUCCUCCGGUGGAUGAUUCGCCGGAAGGAGCUCCGUCAGACUCGCCGACAAGUUCGGAGGACAGCAAUGCUGAAAACGCGGCGUUUCAGGUGAGGGGUUCUGUUUACGUCACCGUAUUGGUCACACUUGCCGCCACAUCUCUGUUGCUGUGAACCAACCCACCCUCGGAAGCUCUCAUAAUUACGUAGACUGCCACUCCCUUUUGUUUAUUUUCUAAUUUUUUUUGUGUGUGUUAUUCUGUUUGUUAAGACUGGGAUUAGAGAGUGAGGUUUAAGUUCAUCUUCUUUUUAAUUAAUUUAGAUUUGGUUGAUUGCUUUCGUUUCGUUUUGGUGUUACUAUUGUUGAAACUUAACUUUCUAGUUUGAGGUUUUUGUCUUGAUCUUUGGUACAUUUACAAUUACGAAAAGUAAUCACACUUAUCAUUGGGCA